AUGGGGAGAAUAAACAGGAAAAGAAGUACAAAGAUUGUGACGUUUGCUGUUCUGCUCAGUCUCUUCGCUUAUUUUAUGCUCAAAGAUAAAUCGGAGAUGGAUAAAUCUCACAAUGAAAUAACCUCAAGAGGUGCUGCUGGCUUGUUUCGCAGAGGUAUGUACUGCCAUAAGACAUUUACCAAUGAAAGUAGAAAUUCUCGCGGGCUCAUUGGUCGCCAGCAUUGCGCAUGCCUAGGAGAGAUAGCGAAGGAAUGAAAGAAAGGGAUUAAUCUUUACCCUUUCCGGAAAGUAUUUUACCUUUCCGGUAAUGGGCUCUGAGUCAAUAGUUUUAGUAAAAUCCAACUAGUUGGUCAAAAAUAUCGAGAAUAGAAAAAUUUUAGCUAGUCAAAGCUAGACUUUAAUCCUUUUUUGCCGCCAAAAAGCCCGCGCUUUACGCUACUAGUGGGCUAUGACAUAUAGUCUAGUAGUAGCUCAACCAUUCAGAACGCAGCGUUGAUAAUAGACCACUAGUUGGAUUUUACUAAUAACCGUUGACCGUACAGUAAAUAAGAGCCCUUUCUGUGGCCGCCCUGGCAAGCUGUGGGACACUCCACCGAAAUACUUACCUUCUAAAAAAGCUUCUUGUCCAUACUUAUUUAUUCUUGUUUCGUUUACUCUAUUCAUAUUUCUAAUAUACAGUCGUUGAUUUUUAAACAAUAUUCCUCAGCGCCAUUAAACUGAUGGAAUUGGUCGCCAGAUAAAGUUUCCCUGAAUCAUCGUUAUGAGCUAUUUUUGGUAAAGGCAACAGAAACUAAACUUAAUUCUCUGUAAAUGUAAUUUAUUCUAAAACGCAAAAAGCCUUGUUUUCGCUCUAUUUAUUACAGAAUCAGAACCUUGGAUCCAGGAACAAUUCACCAACUCAGCAAGCAUCUUUCCAGUGAGGAAAGCUUUGGAGGAAGAACUACAACGAAUGAAAGAAAAAGAAGAGAUGUUCGUGGAGAAAUUGAUCAAAGCAAGAAAAAACGAAGAAGAUUUAAAAAACAAUCUGAUACGGUUAUCUCAAGAACUGUGGGUAAAUAAUGCACUUAAAGAUCCGUUAAAACUUACACACAACACACAAGAAAAUUUUGACUUACCUACUAUCUUUGUUGUCACGCCGACAUUCAAACGUUUUGUGCAAAAGGCUGAAUUAACUCGACUAUCACAAGCUUUUAAGUCUGUCAAGAACUUACACUGGAUUGUAGUGGAAGAUUCUGGGGAUAAAACAAACUUAGUAGCUAAUUUUCUGCGGAAUUCACGUUUGAAAUAUACGCAUCUAAAUGUAAGGACUCCAGAUACUCUUCGAAGACAUAAAAACGAAAAGCGGCGGUCCAAGCCACGUGGGGUGGUGCAGAGAAACGUUGGAAUUCAGUGGAUAAGAAACAACAUUGAUCCUCACAGGACCCCUGGUGUGGUAUAUUUUGCGGAUGAUGAUAAUACGUAUGAUAGCCGCAUCUUUGAUGAGGUUUGUUGACUGAAUAUGUUAUAUACUCUUCCCCUAUAUGAUCGUACUUGUUACUAGUCCAGACUCGCACUCAGUCGCCACUUAUUUAUCCUGGAAAAGGAAUAUGCAAAGGAAAAUUGAAGCGCGCAAAGACGCUUGGGAAGGAGGGAGAAAAAGUGUUUCCCAGUUUUACUCCCUUCCUUCCUUCCCUUGAUACACCGCGAAUUCAUUAAGCCCGGCAUUAAUCACAUGUAGGGCUAAUAUAGAGAAACUGAUUGAGUACGAGUUAGUUACUAUUCCAGAUUUAUUACCUACAUACUGACUUACCCAUAGAGUUACAGGAGACUGAUGGGGCUAAGACUAUUAAACGUGCACACGGAACAUCCUGCAUGAUGCUAGGAUUGGAAAAUUGCUACUUACCCGGAAUGUAUUGCGUGCCACGCAGAGGAAAAUUUGAGGUCGCAAAAGAAAAUCUCUUCCACCUCGCUUAACUUUCACGAGAAACGUCCAAAAUUUCUCUCUCUAUUUAAUACAAAAAUAAUUCGGAAUCGUUACAGUGUCAAAGCAAAAACCUCCACUUUCACAGCUUUUUUCACAAAACAAUAAGAAGUUUACCUGCCAAAUUUUUUUAUGCCUUUUGUAACAAGGUAAAUGACCGCUCAAUCAGGAAGAUGAAGGAUGAUUGAAAAUUUAUUGUUGCUUCUAUUUUGUUUUAUUUCCAGCGUUCAUAUAACAUGUUUUUUAUUCUUAGAUGCGCUGGAUCAAAGGUGUUGGUGUUUGGCCGGUAGCCUUUACUGGAGCUGUCCGUUGGGCAGGUCCCGUAUGUAAAGAUGGACAGGUCAUUGGUUUCCACGCGAAGUGGGGAUUGUUUCGUCCAUUCCCUAUCGACAUGGCGGCUUUUGCAAUAAAUAUCAAGAAGCUUUUAAUAGAUUUCCCUAAAGCUGAGUUUCUCUCUCCUGAAAAAGCGGGAAUGUUGGAGUCUUCUUUGUUGACUCAAAUAACAACAAUCGAUGAACUGGAACCCGUUACGCCAAACUGUAGCAAGGUAAACAAAGUUAGUAAAUAAUAGUUGGUAAAUAAUAAUAAUAAAUAAAUAAGUGAAUCAAGUUGACACGCUAAAAUAAUUUGUAAUGGUAAUAAGACCGAGUGGAGUGCAAUUCAGUUUGUAAUCGCACGAGCGAUUGACAAAAUCGGACGACCGCGUACCCUGGGUACCAGAGAUUUUUUCUCGCGUGUGACGGGGAGCUUCGUCGGCCGCAGGCCGACAUGUCUUUGGCCUUCGGAAACCGCGCAUGAAAAGUCUCUGGCACCCAGGGUAACGACUGCGUAGCGGGAGUCCUAUUUGUUACAGACCGAAUUGGAUGACACGCAGUGAUGUAACCAAUUAAUCUUAACCAUUACAAGUCCGAGAAAAAAAAAAGCAUUUUUUGUGAAAGAUCUUUAAUACCAAUUAAUGUCCAAACUUAGGGAAAAUAUCACUGGCAGAGACACUGUCUAUGUUACAAAUCCAUCCAUUUUAGAAAAUCCCCAGUUUGAUAGGGCAGGUGGUCGUUGCUAUGGUUAUUGUGAUAACGUCUGUGAUUGGUGGAUCAUGAUUGACUGUUGUAACUGUCCGAUUACAACCCUACACAAGAAUUAGUAAAAUAUAAAGCAGUUAAUGCACAAAUCAAAUUUGUUGAAAUUGUAAUGUUGUGAUUAACUGCGCAAUACGCUCUCCUACUUUUACCCAUUUUCCUUUAUUCUUGAGGAAGUUGAAGUUAAAGUUAAAAAAUACUGAAUGUGUUUCAUUCCUUGUCAGGUCUAUGUUUGGCACACCAGGACAGAGGUACCAAAGGACAGUAUUAUAGGAGAGAGAAGAAUGAUAAAGCAAGGCACACCAUCGGAUAAUAAUAUAGAAACCUAG